AUGGAUGGCCCCGAAGGCCACGGAGGGGCCCCGCUCCUGCAUGCUGCGUACAAGAACUUUGCUGGGAUUUGCGAGAUCUUGCUUGAUUCCGGCGCCAGCCCCCACGUAGCAUUCACGCGCAGCGGCCAUAUUCAACUGGAGAGCCCAGCGAUAACGCCGCAACACGAGGACCACUGGCACCAAGUACUUUGUGAGCCCAGCCAGGGAGGGUGCUCGCUGCUGCAGCUCCGCACAGAAGGAGUCACUGCCCUGCAUCUGGCAGCUUGGCACGGCAGUGUCCGGAUCUGCUGGGCCCUGAUCCAGGCCUCAGCGCGGCCCGACGCCAGGGACCGACUGCACCGCUCCGCGCUGAUGCUGUCGGCCGAGAGGGGCCACCUGGAGGUGGUGCGGCUUCUGCUGGAGCAGCGGGCACACCUCCAUGCCAGUCUCCAGGGUCACACUGCAGCCUCCCUCGCUGCUCGGGCCAACCAGAUUGCCACCAUCCAGCUUCUGCUUGAGGGCAAGGCUGACGUGGACUACGUCGCCUGGUUCGGGGCACCCACAAUGCUGCACAUUGCAGCGUACUGGCGCUACCAGGGCCUGGCGUCCGCGCUGCUGUUGCAAAAGGCGAACACGGAGGCAGCGCUGACCCCCGGUGGGGUGCGGCCCCUGAUGGUCGCCGCGGAAAGGGGCUCGGUGGAGGUGUGUCAGCUCCUGUUGGGGUUCCGGGCGGAGGUCGGUGCUGUGGACGACGUGGGCGAAAGCGCCUGGCAGAAGGUUCGCACCACUUUCGGUGGUGACUCGCUCUUGCGUUGUCCUUCCUCCCUCAACCCCGCCUUGAUCAUCACUGAUGCUUUGGGAAUCAUUUCCGGGAGCGUGAACUUGAAGGAGUUCUCGGACUACCGCUUGAACUUCGAGGGCGUGAAGCGUAUCUUGGAAGGCCUCCGGAAGGCAAAGGGCGGAGGGCACGUCGAGCUGCCUGCGAGCUGGCUCGAUGUGCUGAUGUAUGGUGUCAAUGAGAGCUACGAUACAGCACACACCUCCGCAACGUCGCAAGACCGCCGCUGUGGCAAAGGCUCACGUGCUGCCUGCCGUGCCGGGAUUAAGAUCCGGAGCGACAAACCCGACGAGGUGAACGCGCUGUCCCCUUCGAUCUUGCGCGAGAAGAUCCUAGAUGUCCUGCUGGAUGUUGGGGACGUGGAGCUCGAAUGCAGGAGAGCCCUGGACGUCGACUGGAUGCAUGUGCAGGAGAAGGGCACGAUUUUCCAUCGGAUUGCCCGCUCGGUGAUGAACUUUGGCAAAGGCCUGAUAAACUCAAUCCGUUCUGCAUUCGGUUAUUUCCUCGCCAAGAUGCAGAAGAAGAAUGAGGAAUGCGUACAGAAGCAGCAGAAGGCUGAGUCGAAGGCUGCGGCAGACCUGCCCAACGCCAGCAUGAUUAGAAGUGAGGCAGAGGUCAUUCGGGGCUUGAGGAGUUCUGAGGCGGUCCUGGACGGCUUCGACAAGAAGGGGAAGAAGUCCGAAGCUGAACUCGACAAGGAGGUCCGCCUUCUGAAGGAGACGGCCACGGAGAUGGAGGUCGCAGCGGCCACAGGCAAAGGCGCCACAAAAAAGCUGGAGAAAUUGGAGAAGCAGAGCGAGGGCCUCGAGGAAAAGACUUGCGAAGCCAAAGCAGGCCGCGAAGCAAAAGGCUUCCGCCAAAUCAUCGACGAGGUCGCCAGAGGCAAAGUCCCACAGCUGGGAAUUCGUGGCAUUGGCGGCUGGGCGUCGAUCUUGGCUGGCGGCCUCGAAGAGGUCAUCGACUUUCGCACCCGCGAGAUCGGGCUGUUCGCGACUGGUGGGGCUGUGGCGGGAACAUCCAUGGCCGGUGUGACCGUUGGCGGCUAUGUCGGGGUGGGCUGGAAGGGCGCCAGGGCGCUCAACCAAUCUCUCGGGGACUACGGCCCAGGGCCCAGUCUCUUUGCUGCCGUGGGCGCUUCGAUUCCUCUUCCGAUUCCCAUCGCCUCCUUUGGCAUGGGCAUCACAUACGAGAUCGACGGCGAUGAGCACUUGGGAGGCCCUCCCUACAAGCCUUUGGCCCGGGAUCCAGGCACAUACAUCUACGCUGGCUGGAGUUUCAGCCUGGGUUUGUAUACCGGCCCAGUGGGCAUCGACAUCGGCUCUUCGAUGGCGAAGGCACCCAUCCACGUCGACUGCUUCAAUGACACCUCAGGGCUUCGGUGGGCCAUUCCCAAGGUGACGUGCAAAGACUGCCAGAGCGUCCCGAUGAAGGCAGCCGUUACCGCACUGCGAACAGUGCAGCACCUGGCCACGUUCCCCAUCAUCACCGACCUCUUUUUCAUUUUCCUGGCAUACCUUAACGACCGGCCGGCCAUUCGUGGGGACUUCGAAGGCGCCUGCUCCACUGAGCCCCACAGCAUCUUCGUCUACGCAGCGGAGAUCCUCCAAGAGGCCUUCGAGGCCAUCGAGGGCCUGGAGGAGCACUUGAAGAAGCUGGAGCAUGCCAUGGAUGUGUCGAGGCGGAAGGAAAUUCCUUUCUCGGCGGAGUUCAAGAAGCUGUACAGGGAGCUGGAGAAUCUCAAAGUGGUGAAUGCAAAGUACGCGCCACUAGACGAUUUCAGCCUCUCCCCGCGGGGAGCUGCCAACAUCACUGCAGGUGCCGAGAGUGCUGGCUGGCUUCGAUUUGAAGACUUCGACAUCUGGUGGCGCCUCCGCUGGCGCUCAGCCCAGGCCCUGUGCACGCGGUUGCAGCUCCCGCGCGACAAGUGCAACGCACACGACGUGUAUGACAAGCUGAAGAUGAACCAGAGAUGGCGCAACCCCUUCGGUUUCUGCAAUGUUUUCGACAGGCAGUCUUGUGAGCUGCCGAACGCAACAUGCAAAGUCCUUCCGUGGGGUCGGUCCAAGAAUGGCAGAGCGACGAAGUUUGCCUAUGGCAAGCUGAGCACUCUCGGCCAGUGCCUGUGUAUGGACGGAUACCGUUACAAGUACGACCACGGGCGCGGCCACCACUGCGCCGAGGUGCCUCCAAAGGGUGCUGAAAGAGUCCGGCAGCUUCUCGAUGAUGCGAGGAGAUGGGUGGAAGUGAGAAAGUUGGAGCUGGGAGGCUAUGUGCGCGACUUGCUGAUCGCUGCAUCAAGUUGA